AUGUCGUAUCCGAACCUGCGAAUGAACCUCCCUCCGGGGACACCCCAGAGACCCCUUCCUGGAGCCUUUCUUCAGACUCCAGCUCCGACUCAAAAUGUACCUUCUGCUCCGCAAUCUCGACCGGUCCCUGCUCAGGCCCAUGCCCAGGCCCAGGUCCAGACUCAGACCCCGUUGCCCAGGAUGGCUCCGGCGGUCACCCAGAUAUCCAAUCGGGCCUUGACCGUUGAAGAGCGCGGGGCGCACACGAUCAACAACACAUUGGCCCAAGAAGCUCGGUAUCCUGACUUGGACAGCUAUCUGUCGCAGGGAUUCUCGUCCGAUUAUGAUAUCCCCAUCACCCAAUCAUGGGCCCCCUUCCAGAAAGUCAAAACAUACAACAUCCCCGAUAUGAUCUUCGAUCAAUACAAUCGCGCCCAAGUCUCGACAAGCAUGGGGCUGUUCGCCGAGAUCAACCACGCGUGGGUGGCUAUCGACCACGCGCUCUACCUGUGGGAUUUCACACACCCGAACCCUUCCCUGGUGGGCUUUGAGGAACAACCGAACAGCAUCAAUGCGGUCAAGCUGGUUAAACCGCGCCCGGGAGUUUUCUUACCGGGAGUUACUCACCUGCUGGUGGUAUCGACGACCGCUGAGAUGAUUUUGCUGGGUAUGAGCUGUGAGAAGACACCAAGCGGAGCAUCCACAGUUUCCCUCUUCGAGACGAAGAUGUCAGUCUCCAUUCGCGGCAUGGAUGUUAACGUUAUCACUUCGUCGGAUUCGGACGGUCGUAUUUUCUUUGGAGGCACCUCCGACAACCACGUGUACGAACUCACCUACCAACAAGAGGAACGCUGGUUCCAGAGUCGCUGCGCCAAGGUCAACCGCACGCUCUCCCGAUUAUCGGCUUUCGCCCCCUCGGCAAGCUUGUCCAACCUAGCGCAGAUCGUCUCUCACGAGCACAUGGAGCAGAUGGUCGUGGAUGAAGGCCGGAAAUUGCUGUACACUCUUUCUUCGGAAUCGACAAUCCGAGUGCUUCACAUGAAAUCCGAUGGUACCUUGAAGCUGGCUAUCACUAAGAAAGCGUCUGAUAUUUACGCUAAUAUCGGACAUACAAUCGCAUCCCACGAAACCCUGAACCAGAAGGUGAAGAUCGUCGCUAUCAGCCCGGUCCCUGCAGCGGAGGCGUCUCGAUACCAUUUGGUUGCGACUACGGCUACUGGUUACCGCAUUUUCCUCAGUGCUACUAGUGCGUACUCCUGGAAUGAACCGACUGGAACCAAUGCCCCGACCAGCAUGCAGGCGCAGCAUAUCAAGACUCCGCCAAUGCCAAUGGCAACCGAAUUCAGACCCCCGCUACUCGUGGAGCAAUUCAAUCUCUCACACCCACUCGCAUGGCGACUAGAUUUCCCCCCGGGUUAUUUCUUCUGCUUCACCUGCAAGGAUGCUACACAAAAGGAGGACACAUUGUUUAUCUCCUCUCCCGAUUCUGGCCGACUCGCCCGGCCUCACGAGAGCUCGACUGCAGCUCAAGCACCCGAGUCGGCUAUCUGGAUGAGUCUCGGUGGCAGAGCCGAAGAUAUUGGACUUUGCUCGGCGCCUCUUCCAGCUACAGCUGGUGGAUUCGGUAACGAGAUGGCCGUCCAGUUUGACUAUCCUGCUGCCGAGGUUGCAAUCUUGACUAAUACUGGAAUUUAUGUCAUCCGCCGACGACGCCCGGUAGAUAUCUUUGCCUCGCUCGCACGUAGCGGCAGCCUCAGCCAUGACGGCCUGGACGAGGUUCUGAAGCAAUUCAGUCUCGGAUUCGGUCGAGCGGAAACUCUUGCGACGGCUCUAGCAGUUGCUUGUGGACAGGGCAUGGAGAUUUCAUCCGACCAGCGUUUGACGACAAUCAGCGAUCCGGACGUGUUGGAAUUUGCCCGCAAGAUCUUUGUUGGAUUCGGUGGCAAGCCCACACCGAACCAGGAUAUUAGCGACAACACUGCUCUCACUAUCGAUGACGUGACGCCUUCGCCCCGCCACCAGGGUAUUGCUCUCUACAUCUCGCGUCUCCUCCGGUCGAUAUGGAAGAAGGAGAUUGCUACGGUUGGCAAAGCCCCCAACGGUGCUAUCACAGUCUCCGCCUCUGUGCCAAAUGCCAAGCUUCAGACUGUCCAGCAAAGCCUCUCAUCGCUGCAGGAAUUCUUCAAGGUCAACCGCAGCUUCAUUGAGGGUCUUAGCGGGCCUGAUGCACUUGCUCGGGCGGAGUCCAAGGCGGCGGUGGUUGAACUGCAGGCCGAGCAUCGUGCCGUUCACUCACUUGUGCAGCUGGUCUCACACACUAUAGAAGGCCUGUCCUUUGUCCAGGUUCUGUUUGAUGAGCGUGUUGACGAGAUCGUUGCCACACUUCCGGCCGAGUCGAAGGAUCGAUUCCUGAAACUCACCUUCGAGGAGCUGUUCAGCACCGGCAAGGGCCACGAGAUCGCCAAGGAGCUAGUCAAGGGUAUUGUGAAUCGCAACAUCGCCAAGGGCUCCAACGUUGAGACUAUUGCGGAUGCGCUUCGACGUCGCUGUGGCAGCUUCUGCAGCACCGAGGACGUGGUGAUUUUCAAGGCGCAAGAGCUGCUCAAGCGUGCAUCGGAGGCUGGAGCCAACUCGGACUUGGGCCGAAACCUCUUGAAUGAGAGUCUCAAGCUUUUCCUGGAGGUGGCCGAAAACCUUCCCAUGGACUAUUUGGUCUCGGCCGUGGAUAUCUAUAUCAAUAAUGAAUUCUUUGCUGGUGCGAUCCAACUAUGUCUCAACGUCGCCGGUGUCUCCGAUAAAGCCAACCUCGCGCUCUCUUGGAUCAUGGACGGCCGUCCCGCACAGGACCCCCGCAGGGAGCACUUCUACUUCCGCAAGCAAUGUUACGACCUCGUGUCUAAGGUGAUGGUAGCCGUUGACACGCUCACCGCCAACGAUCCCGGUGUCAUCGACGGCCAACUAACCCAGAUCGCCAAGCGGAAGAACGAGGCUUAUGGCGUGAUUUCCGGCUCUCAAGACGAAGUCUUCCUGACCAGCCUGUACGACUGGUAUUUAGAACAGGGCUGGAGCGACCGCUUGCUGCAGACCCAAUCUGCGUUCGUGGUGACAUAUCUCGAGCGCAAGUCUACCGACGACAUCGCCCAUGCUGAUCUAUUAUGGCGAUACUACGCCCAGUCACAACGUUUCUUCGAGGCUGCCAAGGUUCAAUUCCAAUUGGCUCAGAGUGCGUUCAAUUUGCCAUUGAGCAAGCGGAUCGAGUACCUCGGCCGCGCCCGAGCUAAUGCAUCAACCUUUACCCCCGAUGUCGGACGUCAGUCUCGACAGCGUCUGCUGCAGGAGAUCGGAAACCUGAUUGACGUGGCCAAUAUUCAAGACGAUCUUUUGCAAAGACUAAAGGAUGACACUCGGAUUGCGGGCGAUCGUAAAGCGGAAGUCCUAAAGGACGUGGACGGCCCGGUGAUGGAUAUUAGUACGCUCUUCAACCAAUACGCCGACUCCGCUAGUUACUAUGACAUCUGCUUGCAGAUCUUUUACCUAGCAGACUACCGCAACGCAGCCGACAUCAAAGCCACCUGGCAACACCUAAUCCAAGACCUGCACACCAGCACCCAACAAGCAGGCUCACCGCAGCCCUACGAAGCCAUAAUUGAAAAAAUCCGCAGUCUAGGCUCCCGCCUCCGAAUGUCCGAAACCGUCUUCCCAGUCCGCGAACUCCUCCCAAUUCUAGAACGCUACUCUCUCGAACACCAACGCGGCACCACUUCUUCCUCCACCAACUCAUUUGCCAACUCACCCACCACGCACUGGGUAAUCGACCUAUUCCUCGAUCUGGGCGUAGCGUUCGAGUCCCUUUACGCCGUACUGGAAGCAAUGUACUACACAGACGAAGCGCCCUUCCAAGGCGCUAAUCGCCGAUACAUCGCGGCCGAUUUGGUGUAUUUGUUGCAAGGGUGGUUUAACGAUAGCGCCCAGUUGGGCGGAAUGGUUUUUGGAUCCGAGGCUGCGGCUGAGCGUGUGUCGGAAACUUUAUUGCUCAUGCAACAGAGUCCUCAUAAUGCUGCCGAGGUACGGGAGUUAAGUGAGAAGUUACGUGCGGCCAUUUCGGAUCUUUUGGCUUAG